AUGUCUCAUAAGAAAUGUAAUGAAUCUGUGUCUCCGUCUCCAAGUUCGAAGCGAAAUAAAAGAAAUUCAAGUUUUGAUAGCCCAAGUCCUGGAAGAAAAAAAACUCCAGAUAUUGAUGAUAAGCGCCGUAGUAGACAUUCAAGUGAAACUCGCGGUAAAAGUUCUGGAAGAAUUAAAGAAAAAAGGAGUAGAGACUCUAGUACCGAUAGUAGAGAUGAAAGACGUGGUAGAAGCUGUACUAGAAAGGGCAAUAGGAGUUGCAAUAAAAGAAGCAAUCGAAGUUACAGCAGAGACCAUAAGAGAAAAUCCGUAAGAGAAGAGUUGUCUGAAAUCAAUUCAAAAUUAGAUCAUUUGGUUGAAGAAGUAUUAAUUAUAAAAAAAGCACAAUUGGGGAAUAAUACUGCAACCACUAAUCAAUAUGAAUCGGUGUCUCCAAAACAAACAUUUCUAAUGCAGCACGCAGCAAUUGAUGAAGAGCAAUGUAAAUCCUUCAGGAAAAAAGAAAGACGAAAACAGGGCCUUCAAUAUAUGUAUACUACUAAAUCCCCCACUUUUGUGCAUUUACGACCCGAUUCAUUGACAGUAGAGAAAUAUGAGAAAGACCUAGAGGAGAUAGUUGAUAACAAAGCUUAUCACUCCGAUGAAAUAUCAGAGACAGAUGAAGAAAUGGCUAUGAAGGAAAUCAAUGAACUUGUCCGACCAAAAAACAAAUUGGAUAAGCACGUCAAAAAACUUCUUCAAAUUGCCGAUAGCGUGGGAGAAUCAUUACAACAUACCAAAGUCUAG